AGAGGUGAGUCCGGGUUUGGGGAUCCAGAUGUCCAGCCCCGUGUCCCCCUCCAAACAUCCAGUCCCUCUCAUAUUGCCUUUGAAAUUAGCAGCCUCUGGGUGACCAGACCUUGGCCCUCAGAGGAAUCCCGGAGAAAGGUAGAACCAGCUUCGGCGUUGGGAAGGCAGGCGCGCUUACGUAUUUAGUGAGGGUUUGGCGGUCUCCAUAGUUACCUCCGCCGCGCGUGACGUCAUAGUGGAGCGCUGAGGGCGUGGUGGCGUGGGGUGGGGGCUGUCCUGCUGAUCCUGAAUUUCGGGUCACUGGUAAUAGGAGUUGCCCAUUCCAGCCAGGUGGAACGGGGAGGGGUGCCAAAUGUCUCGGAUCUGCCAUUGUCUGCGAAAAGAAACUGCUGCGAGGACCAUCCCCAAUCCCCUGCUUCCCUUGGGAAGAGUGUCCCUUUUGUAGGACACUUGGGGACAACCCCGGCUUGUCCUGAAAUUUAUUGACACGAUGGCUACAGAACCAAAGAAAGCUACAGCCCAGAACUCUCCAGAGGAUGAAGGACUUCUGAUAGUGAAGAUAGAAGAGGAAGAAUUUAUCCACAGGCAAGACACUUGCUUACAAAGAAGUGAACUCCUUAAGCAGGAGCUCUGCAGGCAGCUUUUUAGGCAGUUCUGCUACCAGAAUUCUCCUGGACCUCGCGAGGCACUGAGCCGGCUCCGGGAGCUCUGCUGUCAGUGGCUGAAGCCAGAGAUCCAUACCAAGGAACAGAUUCUGGAACUGCUGGUGCUAGAACAGUUCCUGACCAUCCUGCCAGGAGAUUUGCAGGCCUGGGUACAUGAACAUUACCCAGAGAGUGGAGAGGAGGCAGUGACCAUACUGGAAGAUUUGGAGAGACGCACUGAUGAAGCACUACUCCAGGUUCAAGCCCAUGAACAUGGACAAGAAAUAUUCCGGAAAAAAGUGUCACCUCCUGGACAAGCACUUAAUGUCCAGUUACAGCCAGUAGAAACCAAGGCCCAUUUUGAUUCAUCAGAACCCCAGCUCCUAUGGGUCUGUGAUAAUGAGAGUGAAAACAGUAGAUCCAUGCCAAAGCUGGAAAUUUUUGAAAAAAUUGAAUCACAGAGAAUUAUAUCUGGAAGAAUCUCAGGAUACAUAUCAGAAGCAUCUGGUGAAACUCAAGACAUCUGUAAGUCUGCAGGCAGGGUAAAGAGGCAACGGGAAAAGGAAUCAGGGGAGUCUCAGAGACUAUCAUCUGCCCAGGAUGAAGGUUUUGGUAAAAUCCUCACCCACAAAAAUAUAGUCAGGGGUGAAAUAAUAAGCCACGAUGGAUGUGAGAGGAGAUUAAAUCUGAACUCAAAUGGAUUCACACACCAGAAAUCUUGUAAACAUGGUACCUGUGACCAGAGCUUCAAAUGGAACUCAGAUUUUAUUAACCAUCAAAUAAUUUAUGCUGGAGAAAAAAAUAACCAAUAUGGAAAAUCUUUCAAGAGCCCAAAACUUGCUAAACAUGCAGCAGUUUUCAGUGGAGAUAAAACUCAUCAGUGUAAUGAAUGUGGGAAAGCUUUCAGGCACAGCUCAAAACUUGCUAGGCAUCAGAGAAUCCACACUGGAGAGAGACGCUAUGAAUGUAAUGAAUGUGGGAAAAGCUUUGCAGAGAGCUCAGAUCUUACUAGACAUCGGCGAAUUCACACGGGGGAAAGACCCUUUGGUUGCAAAGAAUGUGGGAGAGCAUUCAACCUGAACUCACAUCUUAUCAGGCAUCAGAGAAUUCACACCAGAGAGAAACCAUACGAAUGUAGUGAAUGUGGGAAAACCUUCCGAGUGAGCUCACAUCUUAUUCGACACUUUAGAAUUCACACUGGAGAAAAACCCUAUGAAUGCAGUGAGUGUGGAAGAGCCUUCAGUCAGAGCUCAAACCUUAGUCAACACCAGAGAAUUCACGUGAGGGAAAACCUAUUAAUGUAAGGAACUUAAAUUUAUAAGUAAAUGCUGAGGAAAUGGCACAAUAUGAAAAAUAUUAAAUAAAAAAUGAAUAUUGGGCAAGAUGGAAGAUGGAAAGACCAGUUUCUGGUGUUCAUCUGUGUGUAUGUGCUUUCUGUGAGACUGGGGAUGUACCCCUUCUUUCAUUGACUACUAAAGUCAAACCAAAAGAGCUACAUUUAGGGAGGCUAAUAAAUAGGGCAGUCUAUGGCAGUGCAAUAUAGAGAAAUAGAGACUGUCUGGGGAAAUAAUCAUGAUUACAGUGUGGGAAGAAAAGGAAGAUUUAGGUAAAGAGACUAAUAAUCAGUCCUAGUUUAUUUUCCUAGUUAGUUUUGCACAAGAAGAGAUCAGCUAAACCCAGGAGUGAAAUAGCUUGCACGGUGCACUGCAGAACAGUGUUUUCAGAGCAUCCCUUUAAAAACUGAAGACCACAAAACUAAGAUGCUCAUGUUAAGUUAGAGAGUAAUGUCGAAUGAGGACAUAUGUAAAGGUGGCAUUCCUGUAUGAGCCCAAAAUCUGUGUCCAGAGGAAGUAAAAAACCAGAAGAACACCCCAGGGAAGAGGCCAGAAUCCAGAUAUUUAAGUAAGACAGGAAGAGAAUAGAAUUGAAUUAAGCAAAAAUUGGGUUAGGAGUGAGAAAAGGUGUUCAAAUUGAACUAAACCUCAGAAGUUGGAGGACAGACACAGGAUAACCAGGCUUUUACUGGUUUUUGGCACCUUUCUGGGGUAGGUUAAUAGGGACUAUAAGGAGUUCUCCUAACAGAAACUGACAGGAUUCUCUGGCCACUGGCAAUUGUGGAAGAUUACUGAGGAAGUUAGUACUGGAAAGAAUGGUCCUGAAAUGUUAUUUCGUUGCUGCUGGCUGCUCUACAGAAAAGACUGAGAAGAGAGUAUAGAGCGACAGUAUAUGAAAGAGGGUAGGGAGGAAUGAGUUAAGUCUUAAACAUUCCACAGUAUGUAAGGCUUUUACAUUAUAAAAUGUAAAUAGGACCUUGAUGUUAGAUGUAUGAUAAUCUAAUGUGAAAUGUACAAAAUCUCCCACUAAGAGGCUUUAUAAGAAAAGCUUAGCAUUUACUUUCAAUGACUUUAAAAAUGUCCUGACGAGAUCUUUGGAUUGUUUUUUAAGGUAAUGUUGAGCCCACAGUUUUUUACAGGUACUGUGCUAGUAUGUCCUAUCUCAUUUUGUAACUAUUAUUUUUCACAUUUUAUAGAUGAGAAAAUUGAGCUGUAGUGAAGUUAACUAUCUUGCUAAAGAUCACAUAGUAAGUGGUAGAACCAGGAUUUUAACGCACAUUUUAAUUCCAGGGCCCUAGUUCUUAACGCUUAAAUGUCACUGAAAAUAUUCCUAUGGGAUAUAACAUCAGAAAAGAUAGCGCUUGUACAUCACAACUCUAAAGUUGGUGGCGGGGAAAGGGGGAGACCUAGCACCCUUCUAGAAGGUUAAUCCACCAACAUUUCAAAAUCUUGGAACGAGCGGCGACCAGCUAGUCCGGGAGCCGACUGCGCCCUCAAACCCCGCGCGGCUCCCUCCCCGGAGGGGGCGCUCGAGGCCACCACCGAGAGCCUCUUCCUAGAGGGGCCGGAAGCAUCAGGAGCCGCGUACCCGCCCAUAUUCCGGCAAGGCUGUGUGGUCCAGGUGAGCGAUUGUCCUGUGGCGUCCGGGACCGAGUUUGUGGCCCAAGGUUAUGUGUGCACUUCACACCUCUAACUUUUCUCAGGGUUCCUAUUGAUGGUUAGGAACAGGAUUUCGGGGAUGAAGGCGGCAGCUGCAAGAGGAGGCUGCGACUGCGAACCCCAGAUUCGUCCUCCUCCACCACACACAACACCAAGACGGGCCCCAGGAGGGUGUGAAGAGAAGACUUCCUUUCCUCUCCUCUCGCUUCCUGGCGCUGGCAGUAUGAAGCUGUCUCCCAGAAGCAUUAGCAGAGGAGCCCUGUGGGAGAAAUGAGGUGUAUAGUCACACUUAAAUCUGUUUAUGCUGUCAUUGAACCUCUAAACACAAUUGGAUCAUUUUCUAAUGAUCAGAAGUGUUAUCUGCAGAUGUAUUUGUAGUGAGACACAUAGCAUGCUUGCUUUGGUGUCUUUUAUAAUAUUUGUAGUCAAGUGUCACAUUGUUUCCAUUGUUAAACUUAAAAAAAGUUUACUUGCAAAUGAGAAAUGAAGAUUAUAACCUAGAAUGCACAGAAUGGCAAGCUACUAAUGCAUUCAACGAGGGAAGGGUAACGGCAAGUUUUUAUUAGCAAAAAGAGAGGUUCACAUAAGCUGCUUAGAGACCGUGUUCAUUGGUUUCAGAGGCUCAAAGCUGGAGUUGUCAGUUCAUUGGUGGAGAUGCCAUAAUUAUGCAAGUGUUCUUUCCAGAACAUCGUAUCUGAAUUACAGCAGUCCUGUAAAGAAUGUCUACUGAUAAACCUUGUCAAAGCAGGAGAUGCAUGGAGGAAAUGAAAGGGUUUCUUAUGCGGUGUUUAGAAAGUCCUUGGGAACAGUUCUUAUCUCAAACAUGAGUGACCCAAAAGAAACUUGCUCAAGGACAGCCUCCUUAAAGCAGACUUCCAUAUACCCCAACCUGCAAAAUAAGACUUUAUGUGAAAUGUUACAGCCCAUAACAGCUGCAGCCUUGACUAUUAAAUCUCAAAGGGAAUAGAAAAGUUGCUUGACAGUUAAAGCAGAGGACUACACUUGGGGCCAAGAAUAUGGGCUACUUCAUAUGGAAGAACUCCAGCAACCAGGAGGUAGCUCAUCAGAACGUUAGGCAUUUCUGCUACCAGGAGACACCUGGACCCUGUAAGACUGUGAGCUGAUUCUGGGAACUUUGCCAUCAGUGGCUGAGGCCAGAGACCCGCACCAAAGAACAGAUCCUGGAAUUGCUGGUGCUGGAGCAGUUCUUGACUAUCCUGCCAGAGGAGCUCCAAGCCCGGAUGUUAGAGCAUCAGUUGGAGAACAGAGAGGAAAUGGUGAUCAUAUCGGGAGGAUUUGGAAAGAGAGCUUGAUGAAACAGAAUGUCGGGUGUGAUUAAAAGGCACAUGAACACCCUAGCCAGAGAAAGAAGCAGCCACACACCCAGGGAAGCAAGAUUGCAGAGCUCAAUCUCCACUCCCUCCCGCUAGAUAUGUAAGUCUCUGUGUUUCUUACUCUCAUCCUUUCUGGUUAGCUCCUUACUUCUUAAGGGUGGAAGAAGACUGUGUCAGCAUUCUUUCUCUCUUCUAUGCCCUGAGAUGUGUUCUCUAAGAUGUCUUUUAAAGAUAGUAACUGUGAUUCCCUCAUUGAGUCUUUCACAAGCCCAGCCAUAUCUAAUUGUUUCCAAGUUGCAGCCAGUGCAUGUGGAAUGGGACUGCACUCAGAAUAUCAUCAUCAAGCAGCACAAGAGCCACCAACUAUUCCUUUCCAGUCAAUGAAAAGACAGCUUAAAUGGGAAUAUCCAGAAUUCCAGGCCAUUCAUGAGCGAGGUGAGCAUCGCAAUCCAUCUCAAGAGAAAGGGAGUGGUUGAAAGCUCUGCCAGCUACCCAGGCUGAACAGCAUCAGGAGCAUCUCAGACAUAAUCCAUGAUGCUGAAUCAGACUGAAGGUCCAUCCCCUGAAGUACUACCUUCCAGCUUAUGUGGCACCAAUAAGACCUGAUGCAGAAUGGCAUAAUGCUGUCCUCCCUCAUAUCAGCCUCAGCGGGAAGUUGUACACCAGCUUCCGUAAUUUCCUUUAAAAAGCUAUUCUAGGCCACUCUCGUUAAAAAAAAGUACCUUUACUUUUUUGUAAUAUUUUCAUAAUAUAUAACUUCAUAGCCCAACCUCUACUACACACUUAGUGCUUUUUCUGUAAAGUAGAAUUUACUCUUUUGUCUUAAAAUUACCUUUUCUGAAUCCCGUGGAUCACCUAAAGCCAUUUGGUACCCUCUUUUCUGUUCCCUUGCAAUAGAAGCUACAUCUUUGACCUGAUCUUAUAGACUCAUCUAAACAUUUUUAUUCUUUAGUCCCUGUUGUCUUUAAUUCAAACAUUACACAUAAUUCUAAAAUAUCCCUUAGGUCAGUCAUCUUCAGUAUUACUUCCUCAUUGGACCCAUUACUUCUAAUUUCAGUAUGUUUGAAUUUGUCCUGACUCUCAAUAGAAACAAAUUAUUUUUCUCUUACCUGUCACUUUCCACAUGCUAUCUUCAGACCUUCCACUCACUUUCAUCCUCCUCUACUUUUGCCACUUAUUUUUACUCCAAUUGCUCAACACACCUCUCUUCUUGAUUGUUCCUUUAUUCUCUCUCUUCCUUUGCUCAGUGGUAUGGACUGAAUGUUUGUGGUCCCACCAACAACCCCCAAACAAUGUAUACAUUGAAGCCCUAACCUCCAAUGAGUUGGUAUUAUAGAUGGGGCCUUUGAGAGGUAAUUAGUUCUUGAGGGCAGGGCCCUGGUAUGAUAGGAUUAAUGCCCUAUUAAAAGCAGUCACCAGAGAGCUUGAUAUCUCUCCCAUGCACACGUGAAGGUAAGGUCUUGUGAGCACAACAGCAAAAAGGUGAUCAUCUGAAAGCCAGAAGGAGAGCCCUCACCAGAAACCAACCAUGUUAGUACCCUGAUCUCAACCUCCAGAACUGUGAGAAAAUAAGUUUCUCUUAUUUAAACCACCAGUAUAGUAUUUUGUUAUGGCAGCCCAACUUAGCACCACUUCAUGUCCCAAUUCUGUGGCAAUAAUGUGCACGAGAGGUCUCCUUCCAUUUACCAGCUAUCUUAUUCCUCGCUUAUAAGGAAUAUAUUCUUACAGAUAUCACAAACAGGGAAGACAGUUAUCUGCAUGGGGCGUAGCUUGCUUGCUUAAAGAAAAGGACAGAAGUUUAAUACUGGAUUUUGACUGAAGAACCAUUUACAUUUUCUAAGGGCCAUUUUUUCACAGAAAACCAUUGUGGGCUCCCAAAAGUAUAAGUAACCCAAUUUAGUAUUUUAUUCAAAGUGAAACAUACUUAGGAAUAGAAUUCAUGAAAAAUUUUACAAAUAUAGGAUGCAUACUCCAUUCACAGUGGCUAUAUCCUAGAAAAUCCCUAAGUAUUACUCUGUACUAUAUUUUUUUCCCUUAAUUUGGGGAAACUUUAGUUACUGAGAUUAUACCCUUGAGAUACGGAGAUCUUUAUGAUUCAAGAUGCAGACUUAACUAGCCUAGUUUUCCUUUUCUUUAUUCUGGCUCCGCAUCUUCCAAAUGACUCUGUAGUUGGAAACUCUCACCCCUUAGUUUCCUCCCAGUCAGCACCAGUUUUGGGGAGUUAAGGAAUUAUUUUUAAUUUCCAGCUCUGGCUCUAAAUAAUGUGUCUCCAGCAGUGAAAUGUAGUCCAAGAUAGCUCUCUGAUAUAUAGCUCCUAUAAAGGAACCCACUUCUCAGAAGCAUUGAAAAAGGCAAAUUAUGAAGGUUCAUAAUACAAUAUAAUAAAAAUUCUUUAGUCAUCCACUAUUACAGAUAAUAAGCGAAAUUUUAAAUUCAUACUGUAUAACAAAUUUGAAUUUAGAAAUAAUUCCUCUUUAUUCUUUUCAUUUCAACCCAAAGUUACUUACUGAUAUAGUUCAGAUAUGUGUCUCCACUCAAAUCUCAUGUUGAAUUGUAAUCCCCAAUAUUGGAGAUAGGGCCUGGUGGGAGGUGACUGGAUCAUGGAAGUGGAUCCUUCAUGAAUGGUUUAGCACCAUCUUCUUCGUACUGUUCUCCUGAUUGUGAAUUCUUGUGUGAUCUCAUUGUUUACAAGUGUGUGGCAUCUCUCCCUUCUCUCUCUUGCUCCUGCUCCUUCCAUGUAAGAAUCCUGCUCUCCCUUUGCCUUCUGCCAUAAUUGUAAGUUUUCUGAGGCCUCCUCAGAAGCCAAGCGGAUACCAGCAUCAUGCUUCCUGUACAGCCUACAGAACCGUGAGCCAAGUAAACCUCUUUUCUUUAUAAAUUACCCAGUCUCAGGUAUUUCUUUAUAGCAAUGUGAGAAUGAACUAAUACACUAACUCUCAAACAUAACUUUUUAUGUAACCACAUCAUUUCCUAAAAUUUUGUAGAAAUCUUAAAAUAUUAUAUUUUAAUCCCAUCUUUCCCAUCUGAAAGCACUGACAUUCCACGUUUUUUCAAGAAAAAAUAUUUGGUUAGAAACACAGUCAAGUUUGUCUUCUGAGUGUGUACAUUUUAUAAAGACAAAAUAAAAAACCUUUUAUAAUAUAAACCCUGAGAAAAGAUUUUGGCCCAUAGCCUAGAAACACAUUUGUAAUAUGUUGCUUAAGUGAAAUUCAUGACAUUUUAGCAUGUAUUUUAUUCUUAUUUCUUUACUGAUAUAUCAUACAAUCUUUUUGUCCUAACAUUUUGAUUUGGCAGAGCCAAUACCCACCUAUACUACAGCUUUCUUAUGCCAGCACAAGAAUGCUAUAUUCAAAAUGCUUUCCAUGUAUUACCUGCUUUUAUCCUCAGAUAUCCUUGGCAGAUAGUAGGGCAGAUAUUACCCUCAUCUUAUUGAAGAAUAUUGUGAGUAUAAGGAAGUCAAAUAACUUGUCAACAGUUACAAGGUUAUGAGGUAAAGAAGCAAUAAUCUCCAAAGCUACAGCUAUUCAUACAAAGACAAUACAUAAACCCUUACAUUAUAAGUAUCUAGUGCACUGCAAAGAAGACUUAUGAGUGUUUAGCUAGAAGACUGAAGGAAUUCAGGAAAUGCCACUCCAAAAUAUACCAAUUUGGUAUAUGGGCUAAUGCUAGCCAAAGGCACUUGAAAAACAACAAAUGUAAGGAGAAGCUUUCUCUGAACUCCCCCUAUCUGCCUAAAGAUAGAUCCUCCAAAAGGAGCUCACUUGUCAUCAAUCCCCUCCCUGGGAGUUUCAUCAACCAGGGAAGAUUAACUCUAUCACAGGAGAAGAGGCUAGAAGUUGACACCACACCUAGACAAACUUCUUCAAAAACUACUAUCUCUUCUUCUGAGGACCCAAUAAUCUUUCCCAAAAAUUAUUUCUCCCCUAAAUUGCCUAUAUCUCACCUCCCCUCCCCUGUGAAGUAGAGAUGCAAACUCCUGAAUCUCACUGGUUGUUUAGGUGUAUGCUUUCUUUUCUGUACUGCCCCCAUGCACAUAAUAAAAUUGUAUAUCUUUUCUCAUGUUAA